CAGAAUAUUCAUCAUCAGCGGUCUAUGGCGGAAAAUGGAGUUUGAGGUUAGUUUACAUUUUCCGCACCUCAAAUAAAGACAUGUAUUUACUUCAAUUUAAUAUCAAAACAAAUAAUUGACGAUUGUUGAGAUUUUGCUUUUAAUUCUUAAUGAUAUAAUAACUUAAUAUUUUUAAUCAUGAUUUUCUUCAAACCUAUAUGGGUUACCCAUGAAGACAAUAAGCCAAUAUUUUCAAUAGAUAUUCAUCCAAAUGGAAAUCGUUUUGCUACUGGUGGCCAAGGAGAAUCAGGUGGUAAAAUAGUUAUAUGGAAUGUAGCUCCACUAAUAACAGAAGAUGCAGAAAUGGAUCCUAAAGUACCUAAAGUUUUGUGUCAAAUGGACAAUCAUUUAGCUUGUGUUAAUAUUGUUCGUUGGAGCAAUGAGGGACAUUUAUUAGCAUCUGGAGGAGAUGAUAAAUUGGUUAUGAUAUGGAGAUUAACCAAUGAAGGCACUUCAACCGUAUUUGGAAGUGGAAAAAUUAAUACUGAAACAUGGAAAUGCAUCUAUACCCUUAAUUCCCAUCAAGGUGAUGUUCUAGAUUUAUCAUGGGCACCACAUGACGGAUGGUUAGCAUCAGGCAGUGUAGAUAACACGGUUAUUAUUUGGAAUGCUGCGAAAUUUCCUGAAAAAGUAGCAGUUUUGAAAGAACACACAGGAAUGGUCAAGGGAAUAACUUGGGAUCCUGUUGGAAAAUAUCUGGCUAGUCAGAGUGAUGAUAAAUCCGUUAGAGUAUGGAGAACUGGAGAGUGGAAAGAGGAAGCUGUUGUGACAGAUCCUUUUGUUGAUUGUUCAGGAACAACUCAUGUUUUAAGACUUUCUUGGUCUCCGGAUGGUCAGUAUUUAGUAACUGCUCAUGCCAUGAAUGGAGGUGGUUCUACAGCUCAAAUUAUCGAACGAGAUGGAUGGAGAUUUGACAAAGAUUUUGUUGGGCAUCGAAAAGCUGUUACAUGUGUCAGAUUCAGUAAUAGCAUUUUCAAUAAAACAGGUGAUACGAAAUAUUGUUGCUGUGCCGUCGGAUCAAGAGAUAGAGCAGUCAGUGUAUGGUUGACAUCCCUUAAAAGACCUUUAGUUGUCGUAAAAGAUCUAUUCAAAGAUAGCGUGUUAGAUAUUUCAUGGAGCAGUAACAGACCUCUAUUAUUAGCCUGCUCAUGGGAUGGCACUGUUGCUUGUUUUAUAUUUGAUGAAACAGAAAUUGGAACACCUCUUUCUAACAGUGAAAAAAAUUCUCUCUACGAGAAACUGUAUCACAAAUCAAGUUGGAACUUGGGAUUUACAGGAACGCAAAUAGCGGAAACUCCGGAAUUAUUAACAAGUAUCGAAGAGGUACAUGGUACUGCCAAAACUAAAACCUUUCCUAAGGACUCUGCAGUUCCUGCUCCCAAAACUGUUAACCCAGUCCCUGUUGAAGCAGAGCCGGAGGUUCUAAAAAUGAUUCCAAACACGACAGUAUUUGUUCCUCAAAAUAAACAAUUAGAAACUAGACUUCCUUCAGGUAAACGAAGAAUAACCCCUAUGCUUCUUACACCAAGCGUACCAUCAAACGCAACUCGGGACUCGGAAUUGACCAUUGAAAUUCCUAUGAAUGAAACGGGAACAUUUAGUAGCUCAUCUCCGAAAAAGAGUAAAAUUGUAGUGGAGACUGUAAAAGAAUUCCCCAAACCACAAAUAACUAAACCAAGUGCUCUUCAGCAAAAUUCUCAAAUGGUGUUACAAGCACCUGGUAGUCAAAUUAAACAGCUUUUUUGUUGCGAAGUACCAGGAGAUGAGCCGAUAACCCAAGUCAUAAAUAUUCUAGAUUCCCAUAAAAUUCCUUUGGGUCCUGCUGUUUUGAGAAAUGCCCUCAAUCAAAAAGUACAAAUCACAAACAAGUGCCAUAAGACUUCAAAAGGCUUUUUGAGUAAGAUAGAAACUUUCAAGACACUUAAAGACAAGGUAAACAUGUGGGAAACUUUUCUUGGUUCUGUUAUUCGUUGUGCUGCAGUGAAUCGGAAAAUGAUAGUUGCUUGUUGCGAGGACUCAUCUGUUAACACUUAUGACAUAAAAUCUGGAGCUAGAGUUCUACCGGCACUACUUCUAGAGGAUUCUGCUUCAGCCCUUUGUUUUUCUCCAGAUAGUUAUUGUUUAGUACUGACGAAAACCGGACUUGUGCAUAUGUGGAAUUUUUCAGACAGAAAGUGCGUUUUAAGCAGAGUUUCGGUGAGGUCUUUGUUAACCAAUAAAGUAUCAGUAAGCGGGUUGACUUUGUCACCAAAUAACGUACCAGUGAUAACUUUGACCGAUGGUCGAGCAUAUUCGUAUUUGGUAGAUUUGCAAACGUGGGUUGUGGUGUCCAAUCCUUCGGAUCCACUGUGUUACGCUGGAAAUAGCUUGUAUCGAACACUGCCUUCAAAUUUACCGCUAACCUCUCUACAGAAGCAUAUGCCAAGUCAUAACUCGAACGAUACCUUCCCACCAGGGGUAACUUUGAGCUUCCUAGAAUCUCAAGUUGCCUCAAGUAAAAUGCUGGACUCGACAAUAGAAUAUAAGCACUGGUUGAUGAAUUUGGUGAAUCACGUUUUAGAAAAGGGUCCGGAGAUAAGACUGCGUUGUAUUCUGGAUAAAUUAAUGAUGGAGUGCUCUUCGAAAAGUUCUAGUGAGAAGGUUCAGAAGAAAGCACUGCUAACGGAAAUAAUGAAUGUGAUCAAAUCCAAACUUGUCUGGCAGAGAGUCCACAAAGAAUAUAAUGAACAAAUUCUGAAGUUGGAAUGAGAUUUAUAUUUUUGUAUAUAUGUAAUCGUUUUUUGUAUUGAUAAUUGAAUACUGAUCAAUUAAGUUUUUAUUAGUAAUCAACAUGAAUAUUUAUAAUUAAUUAAUGUAUAAUGAAUAAAGGCCAACACAAUUAGUGUUAAGAUUAUAUUUUUCAA